UCCAUCUCCAUGCGUACAGCAUCGAGAGCAUGACAACGUUUCCCAAUGGCUGUGGAAAUGGCACCACCGUUACCUGCGUAGUUAUGGAUAAUAAAGACCCCCAAAACCAGACUACCUGUGUCAGUCAUAACGGGGGUUACAGCACCAGCAACAGUCAUGAGGAGGAAAUUCAAGAGGAUAAGCUCAGCCCUUCCAAAAUCAUGCGCUUUUUCACCACUCCUCGGAAACGGGCUAAUUCCAGCUCUGACAGGCCUCGUUCUCUGGUUUUGAUGGGCAACUCGACCACGUGGAAUGCUUUGUCUUCCAUCAGAAAAAUGGGAUCUUUCAAGAAGUUGAAAUCUUCUGUUCUCCAAGGAAUUCAAACAAGGGAAUGCUCAGACGUCUUAAAUGAGAACAGCGUAGGCAAACAUGGUUCAAACGGGGCAGUGGUGAGAGUUCAGACUAACAGAUAUUCCUAUUCGGGGCCUCUCCAUGAUUUCCAGAACGCAGUGGAUUGUUUAGCUUCUGACUGCUCUGAUGCGGAGGAGAGCGAUGAGUCUUUCCUGAGGAAUACUCAUCGCUCACGCAGCAUCAGGCGGGCUUACGGUGCUGGCCGCAUAAACUUGCUAGACACGGAUAAAGUUCAGAGUCAUCACAACUGUACUAGACCAACAUCACCUGUCAUUGCAGAGCCAAAGAUCUGUGAAAUUUUGGUGAAAGACUCUGAAAACAACAGGAUCAUUUAUCGGAGAAGCAAAAGUUCGGAUAAUUUGAACUUUCUGAAAAAAAGCUCAUUCAAACGGAAGUCCACCUCAAACCUCACUGACCUCAAGGUUGCAAAUGAAAAACAAACGCCAACAAGGACUGUGAGUGUUACUUCUGCUGACUCGGACAAAACCAGUGGGAACCCUGAGAGGAGAUCCAAGCGAUGGAAGAGCCCUAUCAGGGCAAAGGAUUUUGACCGAGUUUUGAAGCUUGUCAGUAACGUUACAGAUGUUGCAUGGAAGAAGGAUGACCCCAAGAGCGCCGCUCCUUCUCCCACUGAGCAGUCCCAGAGAACAAGGUCAAACAGUAGACUGCAUGAUGACUACUCCCGCAGGGUUUCCAGCAGCACGGACCAUGACAGAAAGAGAUGCACCUCCCCAGUAUCUAGUCCAGACUCUUCCUUGCCGGGAACACCUUGUCUGCAAAGCCCCACAGUUGCUCAGGAUAAAGAGGCUGAAAUGAAUGUAGCUGUUGCUGAAGACAAAAGCCUCAGGAUGUCAUCAGGUAUCCCAGACUCUGAUAGCUUAUCACCCACGCUGAAUGACAUUAGUCCAUUUCCCAAUGAAGUGUUUUAUUCAGACUCAGAUGAACCAAAAGUUACACAGCAGUUUACACAUGAAGCUGAAAACCCUCACAUUCCGGUCAGGCCGACUGCUCCAAAGCCUCAAAGUCCCACUGCAGAGAAGGUCAAGUGCGAUAUGAAUUUCCAGUGCCCAAACCAUCACAGCACGUGUUCGCUGAGCUCAUCAGAGAGCGAGGAGAGAGCCGAGGUACCAGGUCUGAAGCUGGGCAGGAAUCCUGUUUGCUUCCAGGACUCGGUGCAAACUGUGUACUAUGAUGAUGGCAAUGAAGACAGUGGCAUAAGCAGUCACUCUCAGCUGAGCCUCAAUUUAGCCUCUGGUGCUGAAGAGAAAAAGGAAGAGAUAAGGGUUGUUUCUGAUGACCACUGGAAGAGGUCCCCAUCCCAGGAUGAAGAAAAGACAGACACACAAAAGGUCACACCCAGGAGAUGGGGCUCUGGAAAAAGAUCUCGUCCCAGACCUCUCUCAGACUAUGGCCAAAUGUCGAUCAGAAGUUUCUCUAUACCAGAAGAUGCAGUUGCGGUGGAGUCUCAGAAGACAGACUGCACGGAUGGAGAAAAUCAGCCAGGACUGGCUUCCGUCGGGUCUGUGAUCCAAAGCAAUACAGUAGGCUACCACAGAGGGCGAAAAAGAAGACCCAUCUCCGUAAUAGGUGGGGUCAAUUUCUAUGGAAGCGGUCCGGCGGAAGAGAUAGAAGGUCUGCUGACACAACCUGUAACACGGCCACCCAUUCCAGCACACCAGGUCCCCCCUUACAAAGCUGUUUCAGCCAGGUUCCGGCCGCUCACCUUUUCACAAAGUACUCCCAUCGGCCUGGACCGGGUUGGACGAAGGCGGCAGAUGAGAACAUCUAACGUUGCUGCAGAUGGUGGGACUGAAUCUUCGGCCUUAGUGGAUGACAAUGGCAGUGAGGAAGACUACAGUUACGAGGAGCUCUGCCAAGCCACUCCCAGGUACCUGCAGCCCGGAGGGGAACAGCUAGCAAUUAAUGAGCUGAUAAGCGAUGGCAGCAUUGUCUAUGCAGAAGCUCUCUGGGACCAUGUGACUAUGGACGAUCAAGAGCUGGGCUUCAAAGCUGGAGACGUCAUUAGAGUCCUAGAAGCUUCCAACAAAGACUGGUGGUGGGGAAGAAAUGAGGACAAGGAAGCCUGGUUUCCAGCUAGCUUUGUCAGGCUGCGAGUUAAUCAGGAAGAAGUGCCAGAAAAUUGUAGUAGUAUCCAGGAUGAAGAACACGAUGCAGAUAUUAGCAAGCAUCGUCAGAAAAUAGCUGAAAACAAGGAUCAGAUGAGAACCAACGUUAUACAGGAAAUUAUGAACACAGAACGAGUCUAUAUCAAGCAUCUCAAGGACAUCUGUGAGGGUUAUAUUCGGCAGUGUCGCAAACAUACAGGAAUGUUCACCCCAGCUCAGUUAAGCACCAUUUUUGGAAAUAUUGAAGAUAUUUACAAGUUCCAAAGGAAGUUUCUGAAGGAUCUUGAGAAACAGUACAACAAAGAGGAACCUCAUCUAAGUGAAAUAGGGUCAUGUUUUCUUCAACAUCAAGAAGGCUUUGCUAUUUAUUCAGAGUAUUGUAACAAUCAUCCCAGUGCCUGCAUUGAACUUUCCAAACUAAUGAAACAGGGCAAAUACCGUCACUUCUUUGAGGCCUGUCGCUUGCUUCAGCAGAUGAUUGACAUUGCCAUUGAUGGUUUUCUUCUCACACCCGUUCAGAAAAUCUGCAAAUACCCUCUGCAGCUUGCAGAACUGCUCAAAUACACCACUCAGGAGCACAGUGAUUAUAACAACAUAAAAGCUGCGUAUGAGGCUAUGAAGAAUGUAGCGUGCCUGAUCAAUGAGCGAAAACGAAGACUAGAAAGCAUAGACAAGAUUGCACGUUGGCAAGUCUCUAUCGUAGACUGGGAGGGACCAGAUGUGUUAGCCAGAAGCUCAGAACUGAUCCACUCAGGAGAACUGACCAAAAUAUCAAAGCAAGGCAAAAGUCAGCAGAGGACUUUCUUCCUUUUUGACCAUCAGCUUGUCUUCUGUAAGAAGGACUUACUGAGAAGGGACAUAUUGUAUUAUAAGGAUCGUAUUGACAUGGAUGAGAUGGAAAUUGUGGACACUGAAGAUGGCAGAGACAAAGACUUUAACAUUAAUGUCAAGAAUGCUUUUAAGAUAGUAAACAGAGCAACAGAAGAGAUUCACUUGUUCUGUGCAAAAAAACAGGAGGAUAAAAAAAGAUGGAUGGAGGCGUGCGAAAGUGAAAGGAGAAGAGUUCAGGAAGACAAGGAAAUGGGAAUGGAAAUCUCAGAAAACCAGAAGAAACAAGCCAUGCAGAAUGCCCGUAAGUCAAGGCAUGGAAAAAUUAAAGGUGGCUACAACGGGCGUCCUGUGCCUCCUCCACACCAAAGCCUGCAUCCUAUUCAUCAGCGCCACAUCACUGUGCCUACCAGCAUCCCGCAGCAGCAGGUUUUUGCCCUGGCAGAACCCAAGCGGAAGCCAUCCCUCUUCUGGCAUACCUUCAACAAACUCACCCCCUUCAAAAAGUGA